UUGCCAUUACACACUUAACCCUACGGCUCUCGUCCUCUCUUGAGCAAAACGAAACUCCAAACCGAAAGCGGAAAAAGCUCCUCUAUUGAAAUCUUUUCGAAGGCGAAGAGCAGUUCGUUCGAGAACCUUCUAGAAGCGAGCUCUUGAGUUCCUGCGUUAUAUUCACCGUAGUAGAAUACUCUUUUCCGAAGUUAUGGCGGACAGCGAGACUAUGGUUGCAGAGGCAUCUGGUGUUGUAAAUUAUAGUUCUGGUGGCUAUACCUCCGCCCCAUAUGAAGAUUACAGUGCUUCAGCUCCUCCAGCAGAAUCUGCAGCGCUCGAAAACCCUACUGCUGCAAAUGAAAGUGAUGCUACAAAUGUUGAUUCAUCCCAAUCUGUUAAUAACGAAUCUUUGGUCAAUGGGUCUGUUGUUGAAGGUGGUUCCAAUAUGCCAGUUGAGAAUGGAAAUGCAACAGAUAAUAUGGCUGCAACUGCUCCAGUGGCUGCGCAUGGAGAUGCUUCUGGAUCUGCUCUUUCUCCUGAAGAGGAGCGCUUAUGGAAUAUUGCAAGGGUAAAUUCCCAAGAGUUUAAUGCUUGGACUGCUCUGGUCGAUGAAACAGAGAAGGUGGCACAGGACAAUAUAAUGAAAAUCCGAAAAGUCUAUGAUGCUUUCCUAGCUGAAUUUCCUCUAUGUUAUGGCUACUGGAAAAGGUAUGCUGAUAAUGAGGCUCGAGUGGGAGCAAUGGACAAAGUUGUGGAGGUUUAUGAAAGGGCAGUUCAGGGAGUGACGUAUUCGGUUGACAUUUGGUUGCAUUAUUGCAUUUUUGCAAUCAAUACUUAUGGAGACCCAGACACUAUCAGAAGGCUUUUUGAACGAGGAUUGACCUAUGUUGGAACUGAUUAUCUUUCCCCUCCUUUGUGGGACAAAUACAUCGAGUAUGAGUACAUGCAACAAGAGUGGGGCAGGCUUGCUAUGAUAUAUACUAGAAUAUUGGAGAAUCCGAAUCAACAGCUUGAUAGAUAUUUCAACAGCUUUAAGGAACUAGCUGAAACACGACCUCUGUCAGAGUUAAAGAGUGCCGAGGAAGCUGCCACCGGAGCUGCUACUACCCCCUCAUCUGCUGGUGAUCCUGCUGAAAGUGCACAAUCCGAGGCUGGUGGAAGCGCAGAUGAGGGGCUGUUGCAAGCUGAUGUUUCCGCUGAACAAUCUCCUAAAUCAGCAUCUGCUGGCUCAAGUGAUGUUGAGGAAUUGAAGAAGUAUAUCACUAUAAGAGAAGACAUGUAUAAGAAAGCUAAAGAGUUCGAUUCUAAAAUCAUUGGCUUCGAAAUGGCCAUAAGAAGGCCCUAUUUCCAUGUGCGUCCUCUCAAUGUGGCUGAACUGGAGAAUUGGCAUAACUAUCUGGAUUUCAUAGAAAGAGAUGGUGACUUAAAUAAGGUGGUCAAGUUGUAUGAAAGAUGUAUGAUUGCCUGUGCAAAUUACCCUGAAUUUUGGAUUCGGUAUGUUUUAAGUAUGGAGGCCAAUGGAAGUAUGGAUCUUGCAGAAAAUGCUCUUGCUCGUGCAACUCAAAUCUUUGUCAAGAGACAACCGGAGAUUCACCUUUUUGCUGCUCGAUUUAAAGAGCAGAAUGAAGACAUUACAGGUGCUAGAGCUGCUUAUCAACUUGUACACUCUGAAAUUUCACCCGGACUCCUUGAAGCAAUAAUUAGACAUGCAAACAUGGAGCGUCGCCUAGGGAAUUUGGAUGAUGCUUUCUCUUUGUAUGAACAAGCAAUUGCUAUUGAAAAAGGGAAGGAACACUCCCCAAUACUACCCAUUCUGUAUGCUCAGUAUUCAAGGUUUACCUACUUGGUUUCUGGAGAUGCUGAAAAAGCCAGGAAGAUUCUAGUAGAAGCACUUGACCACGUACAACCAUCAAAAACAUUCCUGGAGGCUCUGAUUCAUUUUGAGACAAUUCAGCCGCCACCAAGGCAGAUUGAUUAUUUACAGCCACUUGUCGAAAAGUUCAUGAUGCCGAAUGCAGAUUCCCAGAGUAGUGCGAGUCUUGCGGAAAGGGAAGAGUUAUCCUCUAUCUAUAUAGAGUUCUUGGGCUUAUUUGGAGAUGCAAAGUCCCUAAAGAAGUUUGAAGAUCAACAUGCAAAACUCUUUUCACCCCACAGGAGCACACCAGAGCUGAAAAAGCGCAGUGCAGAGGAUCUUCUCUCUUCUGAUCGAAACAAGAUGGCAAGAACUUAUGGUGGAACUCCACCUGCUCAGAACCAGUGGGCUGGUAGCUACAUUGCUCAGCCUCAGACUUGGCCAUCAGCCCAAGCCCCUGCACCACCCCAGCCAUGGAACCCAGGCUAUGGCCAACAGGCUGCAUAUGGUGGCUAUCCAGCUGGUUAUGCUGCUCCACAGGCACCAGCCUCAGUGCCACAGGCUGCUGCUUAUGGCACAUAUCCUUCCGCGUCAUAUCCUGCUCAGACAUACAUGCCACAAAGUUACGCAGCUGCAGCAACAGUGAACGCUGUUCCACAACCAGCUUCCACUCCUCAGCCCUACUACUCUGCUCCUUACUACUGAGAAGCCUUCACCAUCUCUCUGCUCUGUGACUGUUUACAUCACAAUUCCCGUGUAUCAAUGACUUUAGGUUAGUUUUAGUGAAAGAGUAACUUCUGUUUUCGGAAAUCUUUUUGUGCCCUCUUUCUUUUUGCCUGGUCUUUGUACACACUAUUCAUCAGACAAGGUUUACUCUUUAA